AUGCGCGCGACUCGCCGCCCGGGCUCCGCUCCCCUGCGGGGGGGCGGAGCCCUUUUACGACACUCGGCGCUCACUUUGCGACGGGCCGCGCGGCGAGCAGCAAUGGCUACUACUAUGAUAGCAGUUGGCCUGACACUAGCGGCUGCUGGAUAUGCAGGUCGUUAUGUGUUAAAAGUUAUGAAGCUAAUGCAGCCACAAGUAAAAGAAGCUAUUCAGACACUGCCAAAAUCUACCUUCGGUUAUUACAGAGGAGGAUUUGAUCCUAAAAUGACCAAACGGGAAGCAGCUUUAAUAUUAGGAGUGAGUCCUACAGCCAAUAAAAGUAAAAUAAGGGAAGCUCAUAGACGGAUCAUGCUUUUGAAUCAUCCAGAUAAAGGUGGUUCUCCAUAUGUGGCAGCCAAAAUCAAUGAAGCUAAAGAUUUACUGGACAGCCAAGCUAAAAAAUGAUUGUGAACAUUUGGCUUUAAAUCAGUGGUUUGGUUCACGUGUUUUGAUCAGUGAUCCCAGAAGGGCUGCAAUGCCAAUCUUUUUGAUUUGAUACAAACAGUACUUGAAGUGAAUUCAGGGAACUUCUUCCCUAACCCUCAAGCUUAGACAUAUUUACUGUGAGUGGGGAGGGGCUGUGCUUUACAGUCUGUAACAUGUUCAUUGCUAAACUCUAACCCCGUUUCUACCACUGAACGCCUUUCUCAUUAUAUGAGGGAGAAAAUACAGUCAUUUGAUCUGGCUAAUUCUGAUUCUUGUGUAGGAGAUCUAAACAGCCUGAGACCAUGUUGAGCUAAUUUCCAGUUUACCCAGGAACAUUUGUUUAAAACUCAUGCUGCUAUGAUUUACUAUGCCAAAGUUAGCUAGAUGAUACUAAUGAAAAAAGGCAGGGCUGAAACAACCUGUUCUUGGAGAACAGCAGUGGGGUUUAUUUGUACAGUAAAAAGUAUCUAGAAAUGCUUAUGUUUUUUUAAUCCAACAAAUAAAAGUGAUUGAGAAAUGAA